ACUGUCAUACCUUCCAACCAAAAUCGCAAUGUCGAACUCUUUCAUUCCUUACGACGAGUGUCUUUACAUUUGCUGGCAUCUGCCUGGUUGUAGUAUGCUGCUCAACGCUGGGGGGCAAGGACGACCCUCCAAAAUGGAAUUUGGCCAAACUGGAAGACAGCGACGAAGAGGGUCAAGUCGAACGUGAUAACGUGACUCUUUUAUUGACAGUGACCGUGUUAUCGAUUCUUGCAUCAAUCGUAUCCAUUCUUAUGCUAGUAGCAACAUUUAAUACCAAUAUGUGGCUGACAAUUCCCUACUGGCUCAUGAUUUUGGCCCUUUGUGGUGAAUAUCUCUACCAAUUGCUGUACUUUGGAUUUUGUUUAGGAAAAUGUCGUGUCGAUCCUGAAGAUUUGACGAAUACUAAGCGCCCCACACCUUUCGCCAAAAAUGUUAUACAUGGUGGAGGGGGCAACUACAUCGUAUCGUCUUUAUUAAUGCUGGCUUUACUUGUUUUCGCAUUCAUGCCGUCAUUUGGAUUUUUCCUCGAAUGCAAGGCCAAAAGGGAUGAAAAAUUGAAAAAGAAACCACCACCACCUCCGCCGCCGCCGCCUCCUCCUCCCCCUGCAGCUGCGCCAGUUCCAGUUCCUCCGGCCCCAGCUGGACCCCCAGCGGCAUCUCCGCCAGCAUGAUCACACUCGAAAGCAAUGACUACAAUAACAAUAGAUUUGACUAGAAAACUUUCUACGUAAGAACAGAACAUUGCUGAUACAUAAUUAGAACUCGUUACGAAAUCUUGAAAAUGAGACAAAAUUUGUUACGUAAUGCUUCAACUUUCACUUCAUUAUUGUAUCAAACUUGGUAAUAUGCACAAAUAAA